UCGCUCCUGCAGUCUGCUCUUUGACAGCAGCACCGUGAGGAGAUAGAGGGAGGGAGAGAGGGGGGGACAGAGCUAGCUCAGAGUACUGCAGAGCACACACUUUCUCACAGACAAGCUCACAGAGAAAAAGGAUUACUAAAGAGGAUUUUUCUCUCCCAUCAGUUUUAAUUUUUAAAGCCCAGGACUACACCUCCAGCCUUUUCCUCAUCUUCUUCCUCUUGAUCUUCUCAUUUCGAUUUUUUUUUUUUGUCCAGCCACUUCUUGUCUGGACGCAGGCUUUAGGAGAGGAGAGAGAGAUAGAGAGAGAAGAAGAAGUAGGGUCAGCAUGCUGGAGGCCGGGCCGAGGAAGGUGCCGAGAUGGCCGCAGUGGAGGCAGCUGCUCCCCGCAGCCUCCCUGUGGCUGCUGCUGCUGCUGCCGCUCCUGCUGCUUGGGCCGGCGGGCUGUGAGGCCAAGCGUCCGCCCAAGAUCCCCCGCUGCCCCGCUACCUGCUCCUGCACCAAGGACAGCGCUUUCUGCGUGGACACCAAGGCCAUCCCCAAGAGUUUCCCCCCGGGGAUCAUCUCCCUGACGAUGGUAAAUGCUGCCUUCAGUACGAUUCCAGAGGGAGCAUUCUCUCACUUGCACCUGCUCCAGUUCCUAUUAUUGAACUCAAACACAUUUUCUUUGAUUGCUGAUGAUGCCUUUGCUGGUCUAUCACAUUUGCAAUAUCUGUUCAUUGAAAAUAAUGACAUCCAGUCGCUUUCAAAGCAUACAUUCAGAGGACUAAAAUCCCUAACGCAUUUAUCUCUGUCCAAUAAUAAUCUACAGGGUCUUCCUCGGGAACUCUUCAAGUAUCUUGAUAUCCUCACAGACUUAGACCUGCGUGGUAACGCGUUCCGCUGUGACUGUAAGAUCAAAUGGCUGGUGGACUGGAUGGAGAAAACCAACACAUCUGUGCCAGCCAUCUACUGCGCCAGCCCCUUUGAGUUUCAGGGCCGUCGCAUCCAUGACCUCACCCCACGGGACUUCAACUGCAUCAGCGCAGACUUUGCUGUGUACGAGACUUUCCCCUUCCAGUCCCUGUCUGUAGAGUCAUAUGAGUUUGGUGGAGACCAGUAUGUGGUGUUUGCUCAGCCCAACACUGGAAUUUGCACAGUAUUCAUGUGGGAUCACGUGGAGAUGGUUUUCAGGAAGACACACAACAUUACAUCUCGGUCAGCGGUCUACUGCAAGCCUGUGGUUAUCAACAACACACUCUACAUGGUGGUAGCCCAGCUUUUUGGAGGAUCCCACAUAUACAAAUGGGAGGAAGGCCCUCUAAGAUUUGUGAAGAUCCAAGAUAUUGACACAACCCGUGUGCGUAAGCCUAACUUUGUGGAGGCCUUCCAGAUAGAGGGGGAUUGGUACUUCGCUGUGGUGGACAGCUCCAAGGCAGGCUCGACCAGCAUCUACCGCUGGAACAGCAACGGCUUUUACUCCCAUCAGUCCUUGCACCCGUGGCACCGUGACACCCACGUGGAGUUCCUGGAGGUGGAGGGCAAGCCGCGACUCAUCCUCUCUAGCGCCUCGCAGCCUCCAGUGGUCUAUCAGUGGAAUCGCAGCCAGCGCCAGUUUGCCUUCUACUCGCAGAUCGCCGACACGGCCGACGUGCAGAUGGUCAAGCACUUCUGGAUACGCAAGGUGCUCUACCUGUGCCUCACGCGCUUCAUCGGAGACUCCAAGAUCCUGCGCUGGGAGGGCCAGCGCUUCGUGGAGAUCCAGACACUGCCGUCGCGUGGCUCCAUGGCAGUCUACCCGUUCAGCGUGGGUUUGAGGCAGUACCUCCUGCUGGGCAGCGACUACUCCUUCUCUCGGGUGUACCUGUGGGACGACCUCACUCAGCGUUACCAACCCUUCCAGGAGCUCAACUUGCUCGCCCCUCGGGCCUUCAGCCUCAUCAAUGUGGACAACAAGGACAUCCUACUGGCCGCUAGCUUCAAGGGAAAGACCCUGGCUUACCAACACCUAGUGGUGGACCUGAGUGCAAAAUAAUGUGUUGCUUUAAAUGAGCUGCUGCUUGUGUAUAAGCAAAACUUCAUGAAUGGCAGAGUUUUUUUUUUUUUAAAUGUGGGUUCCCAAAGAUACCAGAAUAGGCAAGUUUACACAUAACAUGGGUCUUUAUUUCAUAAUGUGGAAUUUUUAGUUGUAGGUAAAUGAUAGCAAUGAAUGAAGGCCACAAACAUUGACAACUUAAAAAUAAUCUGUCCUCCAAAAUGUAACAAUCUAAACCUGAAAUUGAAACCUCUAAAGUUCAUGUUUCUAUGAGUGGUAGGAAAAUAUACGUAUAGAGGAUAUUCUCUUGUUCCUCUACACUUUGAUUAGCUUUAUAAUGUUGUGGUGAGCAAAGAUUAUAAAUGUAGCUUAGAUCUAUGGUUUUUCAUUUAAAUGAAAUGGUCCAAUUUGGGCAUUUUGCUUUGCAUUUUUGAAAGAUACCAUUUAAUACAUUUCACCCAAGUAUAGGCUUCUGUAUGUUUGGAAGUACAUCUGUCAUGAUUUUCAACCGAACUUUGAAAACUAACAUUUUAAUAGAUGACAUUUUAACAGUGACUAAUUAAAAAUGCACCUGAAUGUCCUGCUCAGGUGUGUAGGAACAAAGUUAGAGGUGUACCUUACAGAUUUGUAGUCCUUCAGACUGCCCAAGCUCACAAACUUUCAAACUUGAAUACACAAACAUGUAACAUGAUAAUAUGGUUACCUUCACAUAAUGCUGUAUAAUUACUUAACAUAAGUUUGAAAGUCUGAAAGCAACGUCAGUGUCAGGAAUUCCUCUACUUGGGGGAUAAAGGACACAUUGGAAUGCUCAUUGUUUUCUGUUGUGGCUCUUGCCAACUAUUUAUACUUAUUUUAAAAGCAUGUAGCUAGAUGCAGUGCUAUCAUGGUGACAUGACUGUUACAGGAGAUACAGUGAGGUCAUUUUUACUAACAUUCAUUUACCAAGUGCUCAAAUUACCAAAUAUAUAAGGGUCUCGUUUGGAUUAUGCCUAACAUGUAAUGAAAAUAUUUCAUCAAUAUACUGUGAUCUGCAUGCAUGGCUUAAAUGAUAUAUGCUGUCAGAAUACAAUUUUGAAAGACCCAUUUGAUCUGAAGGAAAUUACUUUAUUGUACCAUUACACAUUUCUUUGGUUUCCACACUUACACAAAAUAAGUAACAAGCAAUAUGUCUUUAAAAGUCUAAAGACAAAUGUGUAUUAUUUGUUUUGCUCUUUGUUCUUUGAGGUGGUUAGUAGUUUGGCAUUAGUACAGUUUAUUGGCUGUAUGUUGCUAUGAUAGAGCACUCUCACUAAGCAUUUUAGUGUAUGUGAGUGAAUGUUUAGUAUGGAAAUGUUUGCAGUUUUUUCUGUCUGGGAUGAAGACUGUUUUUAGAAUAUGUUUGGUGAAGAGUAUUUUCAGACUAUUUUUGAUGCCAGUUAAUGUAGUGAAACUAUUUGUGGCUUAAUGUGGUUUCUUUGCAUAGAAUAACACAUUCAUCUUAAUUCCACUUUGAACAAACACAUUUGCCUUCAUUGUGCAUCUCCUCAUCAUGAGGCAUGUUUUUGCCUUAAAAAGCACUGUGCUUCAUGAAAGUCUUGGGUAAACCAGAAUCUUCGUAUAGAUUUGUUGUGACAGUUGCCAAAUAUAUUUGCUUGAAAAACACAUUAGGCUACCAAUGAGCAUAUCCAGUAGUUCCACCGCACUACUGAGAACAGUCCAGUGCUUCUCAUGUGCAAGAAAAGGAAAUACUGGAGCACAGACGUUCAAAAUGCUCGUUAAAUAAAAAAGUUGGGUAACACUUUACUUGAAGGUAUCUACAUGAGAGUGACAUGACACUGUCAUGACACAUGACCCCUAACCUUUAACCCUAACCUUAAUGCUAACCCUAAUUUGUCAUGACAAAAACCGAAUGAUACUUAAUAACAGAAGCGUUAUGUCAUUAACGUUUAUGACACAUUCAUGACAGUGUCAUGUCACUCUUAUGUAGAUACCUUCAAGUAAAGUGUAACCAAAAGUUGCAUACGUUUUGAUGUAAGACCUUCCUCAUCAGAGUUGUCUUCAUCAGACUGAUGAAAAUGUAAUCAUACAUUGAAACAUUAUUCCAGUCUUUAUGCAACUUUUUUAAUUGUAAGUAAGUCAGUCUUUAUUGUCUCUCCCAGGAGAGAAAUGUGCUUUGGGCAACCAGAGAGUAUCGGUGACACAUACAUAAAAAAGAGGUCAUACAAGCUACAACCACAAGACAUAGACCAUUGUACAUAGACUCACUAUACAUAGAACAUGAAACACAUUAGCGCGUACACACACACACACCUACCCCCACAACUACCCCCCCUCCUCCACCCACACACAGACACACGCAGCUCAUCCAAUAAAUAGUAUAAAACCACGUUGACCCACUAGUUAUUGCCCUAUUGCACUAUUCACCAUUAAGUAGCUUAAUUGAUAGGGGGAACUUGAAUCUAUUUAGCCUACAUGAUGGUAGUCGGUAUCUUCUUCCCAGAGGCAUCAGCACAUACUCUGUGUUUAGGACAUGGGUUGGGUCUGUGGCUAUCUUCAACCCUUGUUUCCUAACUGUCCUCAAAAAUCUCAUUUAACGAGGAUGGGGGCUGAAUCCCCAUUAUUGUGAUGCCAGUUCUCUCUUUUAUUGUGUUUCCUUUUCUUAUAUUUAAGUGUUUUCCAGUUUUGGUACCAAACCUUCUAGGGAUACACAGGCUGGCCAAAGUCAGGGGAGAGUGGGGUUGUGGAGCAAAAUCCAGUUGGCUGCAGUCACAGGUUUGACGUCAUGCAGGGAAACUGCACCAAUUCUUGGGAAUUCUUUGUGGAGUAUGCAACUGUGUAAGAAAAUAAAUAGCUUCCCCUUGGAAUUAUAUGGUUCUUCUGUUCUGAAUAAUAGUCCUCAGAUAACGAGCUUCAUGUCACUGUCAGUUAUUUUUUUGCAUUAAAUAGAGCAAAACUGAUAUGUGAAACAAGUCUCCUUACACAUAUAAUGCCCAAAAAAUGCAUACAAAAAAUCUGUUCACAGAAAUGUCAGUUAGAGCCUUAUUAUUCCAAGGGUAUGAUAUGCCGAUUGUUCUCAUUUCCAAACAGACCCUUUGCUUAAUUUGUUCACAUGCUCAUAGGCUAUAUUAUGCACCUUAGGAUUUGUUGCCCACCUGCUACUUCGAAAAAAAUAUUUGUGUAAUUUUUGUUCUACUACAGAUUGUUCCAUAGAUUGUGCCUCUGAAAUGCAACAGAUGUGCUACAUAAUAUCUGAUAUAAUUUGUCAACUAAUAAAUUUGUGCUGCACCA